GUGUGUGUGUGUAUGUGUGUGUGUGUGAGUCAGCAGUAAGGAGUGAGCACUGUGAGGAGUGAAGGGCGGAGCUGUGUGCGGUUCUUCCUCCACUGGAUCAGUAUCUGUCCUGUGUGAAGUUUCAUCUCCAGGAUCUCCUCCUUCUUCUCCGUUUUCUUUAAUUUCUCUAAUGGAAAUGUGAAUUUUUUCCAAAGAAAUUUUAUUUGUCUCAGCUCGUGGAGUGGCACACGCACACGCACACACACGCGCACACACACACACACACACACACACACACAUAUAUAUACAUACAACAGCAGGAAUCUGGGAUUAGAUCUUGGGAGUGUUGGAGUGGACGGAAAGUGCGCGUGGAAGUCGCAGGGAGAAUGAGAGACCGAGGAGACUCGCUUCAAUGAAAUAAUGGUUUCAUACAUUAGUGGACGCUGGUGGAGAUGGAAGUUCUGGAACGUUCUCUGGGUCACACUGUUCCUCACCUGCACCAUGAGAACAGCAGUGCUGAGCUGUCAGGUCGAGUGCGACGUAACACUCACGUCCCCCAGCGGGAUCUUUACGUCUCCGUGCUACCCGAGCGACUACCCGGCGAGCCUGACGUGCAAGUGGACGCUGCAGGCUCCGGCCGGCUUUGUCCUGCAGCUCACCUUCCUCGACUUCGAGCUCGAGGAGGCACAGGGCUGCAUCUACGACAGUGUGGUCGUCGAUACGGGCGCCAGCAACGUGAGGUUUUGCGGCCUGACCGCCAACAGGCUCACGCUGAACUCCAGCACCAACGUCAUGCUCGUGUCCUUUAGUUCUGAUUUCAGUAUCCAGAAGAAAGGCUUCAGUAUCAGUUACAGGCAAGUUGCUGUAGCUCUGAGAAACCAGAAGGUGACCUUGCCUCAGAACACCAAGGACGUGGUGCGAGUGUCCAGCUUGGUCUCCAUCCCGGUGCUCAGUCAGUUCACGGUGUGCUUCGAGAUCGCCGGUCAGUCGCACACCGGAUCCUGGAUUAUCUUUUCUUACACGAGUAAAGAACCCUACCUGAGCUUUGGGAACAGCGGGAACACCAUGGAGCUGUCCUUCGGGAACGUCACAUGUCCAGUCAACGAUGUCGUCACUGUCGCUGACUUCACUGCGAACAUGCAGCCGUUCUGCGUUACGUGGUCGAACGUGAAUGGCGCCGUGGCCGUGUACUUCAAAGGGAACUACCAUGUUAAAUACUGCUCAGAGUCAGUGGGUAUGAGGACGGAAACCGGGGGUUCUUUUGAGCUGGGCAGGGGGAAGAAACAGGGGCAGAACUUUAAUGGAAUCCUCUAUAAUUUUCGGGUGUGGAAUACAGCCAUGACCUCCUCGGAGCUCUCGGCGCUGACCUGCGAUGCUGUGGGGAACGUGGUGGACUGGGACAAUGGCUUUUGGGAAAUCCCGGCUUCGUACGCUCAGACUGACUCGACGCUCAGCUGCAUCUGUUAUCCGCAGUGUGCGCAUUUAACAACGACGCUUUCAUCCACUGGUACUGCUUUGCCAGCUACCACGUCUCAAACCACCAGCUGCGUGUCUCCAGGAGCCGGUUGUCCAGCAUCUCUAACUACUACCACCUCAUCCAUUGUCAACACUAACACCAUUUCUACUAAUGCAACAUCAAACGAUCUUUCUAUAAACAUUUUCUACACCAGCACUCCUAGCGUUACUUUAACCGCACCCGCCGAGAAAGGGACGGCUGUGUUAUUUUGGUCAUUGCUGCGACUCCCUCCACGCUCAGCAGCCGUAUCCUCCACUCCUCCCCCUUCUCAGCCUCCGGUCGCUCCUGCUGGACGGAGUUCCAAAACCUCACUCGGCUUUAUCUCCACCCCUCUCAUUUGGCCUGUAAGAAAGAAACCGGAGAUCGCAGUAACACAAGCCCCUAAAAACCCGACUCUACAUAUUACUAAAGCUCCUCCGUUACCAACGAAAAGUAUGACAAGUAUGUCCCCUGAGCCGAGAAUCCCAGGAGCACUAACCAAUGCCAAGAAAACAAACUUUACAACUAGAAGGCCAGCCUAUUCCCAUGUAAUGGGGCCACGUAACCAGACUAAAAAUGCUGAGUCUUUCCUGGUGGUGUCGGUCAGCAAUCGUAAAACUAAGCCCCUGACUCCGCAGUGGGACCUGAGCGAGAGCAACGAGAACAGCUCAGAAGAACUUGAUUUUCCAUCCGGAUAUGGCUCGGAAUCCUUUCUCUAUGAUAUCGAUUUAGAUGAGGAUAUUUUCAGCUUAUUUGAAUUUGACGCACCCUACUCUCUGGAAGAAGGCCUGAGCGCUACCAGCUUGAAUGUAUCGCUUUUAAAAGUGGCAAAUGCUCCAACUGGCACAGACAAUACCCCCAUUGAGCAGGUUGAAACCCAGAACACCAUGAUGCUUAUCAAAGCUCUAGGAGGGUCAGAUGUUCAAACGGACCAAUCUGGACCGAGUAGACUAACUGUAAGAACAACGGAGUUUCCCUCCCUUUCAAGACUAGCAAUAUCCCCAAUCUACUCCAUCUUGACAAGUACUGUGCACAAAGUUUUCCAAGGUACUCAGUGCAUCUUUGCAGAUGUUACUGGGUAUCAACAGGGGUGUACCAAGGUGUCUCCUUUGCUACAACCCACAGUCAUUGCACAAGGGCAGCUUGGGGUUUUAGAGGAACAUUAUGGCAGGACAGUGAUGCCAGAAAACACUCCCAGCAUAGCUGCCUCCCUCAGGUACUCCUCUAAUUAUAUAACAGGAUUGUUUACAGAACCUUUAACAGUAAGUAAGUACCAAAUUUCCUAUCCCCUCAGAACAGAGUUACAUCCUACUUUAUACAUCAGUCCAAUGCCUGCUAUUGAGGGUGAGCAUGAAUAUACCAUCAGGCCCAGUCCAUUGUCAACUGUUUCUCUUUCCUCAGCUCCAUCAUUUGACACCUCUGAAAGCUUUCUUGCCUCUGGGGGUGAUCUGGAUCAUCCCCAAUCAGAGAAUCUAUUUAUCUUAAACCAAAGCCCACACUAUUAUAACAACUUUGAGUCCUUGAGAACCCCUAGCAUUGUUGCUUCCUACCCCGUCACUGAGGGGACAAUUGCUGCAUCUCUUGUGGAAGGCUUGAGGGGGCUUGAGCCAUCACAUGUAAGCAGACCUUUAGACCCUCUAUACAGCCACAAGGCAUCGCCACAUGCCUUUCAUAGUUUUAUCAGUGGUAGUUCUGCAACACCCAUCCUGACAGACCAAUGGAUCAGUUCUGCUUUUUCACCCCUUCAUUCAAGCUUGGAAAUGGAAACACAGAAAGAGGAUGGAUUGCGUAUGUACACCCAAACCUCUGGUAUCUAUGUUGACCACAGUUUCAUGACAUCUCCUAUUUUUCUGGAUACUUUAAAAGCCACAGAAGGGGGCGGUAUGUUUGAAAUACGGGGCGAUGAAGUCUUAACAUCACCAUCUCUCUCACAAACUGUACCUCUGGAAUUCCAAUCAGGACCAUCUGUACCUCAGAAUGUAAAUAAUACAGAUGGAUCAAAAGAAUAUUACAUUACAGAGCACACUGGAACCAGUACACUCAAUAUCUUGCGAUCAAAGCUGCCAAACAAAGACCCUUCACUGAGUUGCUCAGUCUCCACAAUGACAUCAGGCUUGACUCCGGAUGUUCCACAAUUACCAAACACAGAAAAUGACCAGAAGCUUGAUUUUUCUCACGUAACCAUUGGAUUUCCACAUACAUCCACCAUUCCUAGUAUACACUCAUUAAUGUUAGAAGAAAGUGUACAUAGCCUUGGUCUAGACAUUCACCCAGUGGAUACUAGCAUUGUAAUUGAGGACCUUCAGGAUACUCAACAUGCACAGUUCUCGACAACAGAGCAGCUUUUUUGGUCCAAGAAUGAAUCAGCAAAGCCCUCAAGCAACAAAGACAAUGCUUUCAUUGUUCUGCCCAUCACCACAGAUAGAGAAAUGCAUCCAUCUCCCCCGGCUGUUUACGACCAGUCCUUUGUCUCCACAAAUGGCACGUUUCCUCUGGCGUCCCCUCCUAAGGGAAUCACGGCAGAUUUCGACUCUGUGCCCACUGAUGCCACCCAUGGACCCGCCGCAGACUCCACUGAUAUUAUCCUGUGCCCAUGUAAAGCGGUUUUUUACACUUCUUGUCAUUGUGGACUUUCGACUGGGAACAAGUUUACCUACUUCAGGAUUUCUUUAAUUGUAUCUGAUAAACUUCAGGUCACAGAUGACUCCAUUGCACGAUGGUUGAACCAAACCUUCCAGGACUGGAAUCAUACUAUUUAUGUCAAUAAUGUCAGCAUUCUACCUGGAACUGAUUCCUCCAUUACACAAGGCAUGAGAUACUCUUGUAAGGCACUGCUGGUGUAUCGAAACACUACAGGAAAACUUCUAACAGACGCCGACAUCACGAACAGACUGAAGAGCAUUUCUCCUUCAGCCACCUUUGCUUUGGAUGACAUCGCCGUAAACGCUAUCGAAAACUGUCCGGCUGAGGAGACUCCACUGCAUUAUAAAUGGCCAGAGACAAGAACAUCAGUCACCCAUUUCAUCCCAUGCUUCCCAUACAAAGAGCAGAAUGCGUCUAGGACUUGCAUGAUCAGCCCGGACAAUUAUUCCUCUUUUUGGGACCAGCCAGAUCUCCUGAACUGCACAAAUAUAGAAGACAUCAAAGUUUCCCAAGAAAACGCAGCGGACGUGGCUGUUCAGCUCGCCGACAUCACAAACAACGAGCUUUCCACAGAUGAGCUGUCGAAGGUGGUCACCGUGGUGACGAAGCUGGUAAACGUGGCCCGAAUUAACGUCUCCUUGGCUUCCACUGUGGUCACUAUCAUUUCCAAUGUGAUGAUCAGCUCCGAGCCGGUGCAGCUGGCUGCCUCAGAUAUGGCACUAAAAACCAUGGACAAACUUGUACAAAAGAUUGAGUUUGAUGGUCCUUCCUUGACUAUCACUUCCAAGAACCUGGCAGUGGGAAUCUCAGCUAUCAACUCCAGCAGCUUUAGUGGAGCCAAUUUCAGCGCCUUCAUGGCUACAAAUUCCUCGGAUCCUCAGAUUGAUUUCGAGUCAGACAUCAGUAACUCCUUAGCUCGUGUCUCGCUGCCUGCCAGUUUGCUUCAUAACAUGAGCGAUGCUGAUAUUGAACUCGUCUCCAGAAUUAACUUCAUGUUCUUUAGCAAAACGGGACUCUUCCAGUAUUUUGGAUCGGUAAUGGAUCAGCAGAACAACGGCCUGUCGCUCAACAGUUAUGUGGUGGCCAGCAGUGUGGGAAACUUCUCCAUCAGUAAUCUUAAAGACCCUGUGCAAAUAGAGAUCUCCCAUCUGCAGCAUCAGUGGAAUCUAAAUCGGUUGUGCGUGUUUUGGGAUUUCAGCAUCGAAAAUGGCACUGGAGGCUGGAACAGUGAGGGCUGUAAGGUCAGCCCCGAGUCCAACAGCAACAGAACCAUCUGCCUGUGCAACCACUUAACACACUUUGGUGUUCUGAUGGACCUGAGCGGAGCUUCAGCACACAUCAACGAGAGGAACAGCAAGAUUCUGAUGUUCAUCACGUACAUCGGUUGCGGGAUCUCGGCCAUCUUUUCGGCUGUAACGAUCCUCACUUAUGUUGCCUUCGAGAAAUUGCGUCGAGAUUACCCGUCCAAGAUCCUGAUGAACCUGAGCACCUCACUGCUCUUCCUCAACAUGAUGUUUCUUCUGGAUGGCUGGCUGGCUUCCUAUGACAUGGAGGGGUUGUGUAUAGCUGCGGCUGCUUUCCUGCACUUCUUCCUGCUCACCUCGUUCACCUGGAUGGGACUUGAGUCUGUCCACAUGUACAUCGCUUUAGUCAAGGUUUUCAACACCUACAUCCGGAGGUACAUCCUGAAGUUCUGCAUUGUCGGAUGGGGCCUUCCAGCUGUAAUCGUGGCCCUUGUGUUGGCUAUUAACAAGAAUUCCUACACAAAUGAGUUUUAUGGCAGUGCGGAAAACGGCAAAUUUUGCUGGAUCGGAAACAAAUACGUGUUCUACGUGACGUGCGUGGCCUACUUUUGCGCCAUCUUCCUCCUGAAUGUCGCCAUGUUCAUUGUGGUGAUGAUGCAGAUCUGUGGGCGGAACGGGAAGCGCAACAACCGCACGCUGCAGGAGGAAGUGCUGCGGAACUUGCGCAGCGUCAUCAGCCUUACCUUCCUGCUCGGCAUGACCUGGGGCUUCGCCUUCUUUGCCUGGGGGCCCGUCAAUCUGGCCUUUAUGUACCUUUUCACCAUUUUUAACUCCCUGCAAGGGUUGUUCAUCUUUGUAUUCCACUGCGCCCUGAAAGAGAACGUGCAGAAGCAGUGGAGGAGAUACUUAUGCUGUGGAAAGUUACGUUUGCCAGACAAUUCAGACUGGAGCAAGACAGCCACAAACAACACCAAGAAGGUGAGCUCAGAUAACAUUGGAAAGUCCUUGUCCUCCAGCUCGUAUGGAUCCUCCACAGCCAACUGGACGUCCAAGGCCAGGGUUACGCUAAACCCUUUUGCAAAGCGACACAGCAGUUCAGGUAAACCAUAUUCUAUUCCGGUCAGUCAGAAGUGCAGCACUUCUGAUCUGGACGCCUCGUCCUCCUCGUCCUCCAUCCUGCCUGUUCACCAAGUCCUGGACAAGGUUAAAGGUUACUGUUCGGUGCGCUCGGACAACUUUUACAAAAACAUCAUCUUAUCCGACAGCUUCAGCAACAGCACCAAAUUUUAGACCGAAUAAUAUCUGGAAAAAAAAACAGGAGUCACAGCGUAUCGACUCGAUCGACCCCCUGACCCUAAACAGCAAAGAGCAUCAAAUCAUUUACACCGUUCCACUCGAAAUCAUGUUUUAUUUCUGUCGCUUUUAACAACCGAUGGAAAUUAUAAUAAAAAAGAAGAAUAUACAUUUUUUAAUCCACAAUACACUUAGUGGCCAAAAGUAUUUGGACACCGUCUUAUCCAGACAUAUCUGCUUCUUCUUCACAAAGUUGCAUUCGAUGUAUUUGGAUGUGGAAGCGUAACAUUUUCCCCCGUUAUUUGAACAUCCAGCAUCACAAUGCUCCUGUGCAUGAAGCCAUUUCCAAAAAGAUAUGCUGUUCAUGCGCUGGAAGUGUGUGGAAGAACUUGUUAUAGAGCUCAAUUACUUCGCUUCCUCACCCACAUCGGUACCCCUAAAAUUCACACAAAUCUCCACAAAAUCUUGUGGAACAUCUUCCCAGAUGAGUGGAGCUUAUUUUAAGAGCACAAAUAUGGAAUGGGUUCCUCAAAACGAAGCACAUAUCAAUACAAAGGUCAGGUGUCCACAUACUUUUGGCCACACAGUGUAUGAACCCCUUAUAAAGAAUAGGAGUGUAUUUUUACAUACUGUGAUGUUCAGUCUGACUCUGUGUGUGUGUGUGUGUGUGUGUGUGUGUGUGUGUGUGGGUGAUAUGUAAAUAUCCAUUAUAUAUUUAACUGCUUUCUGUACAUACAUGGCGGCGUUGUAUUUUUUAUUUUUUUUUAUUUAUACGUCUGCUUCGUCA